AUGGCUCCAUCGAGCAGUGAUCCUGCAGACUAUCCACUUCCCCUUCCGCCAACAAUGAAGGCAUGGACCUACUCGAAAGCCGGCUCUCCCUUGGAUACCCUCACAUUAUCCACAGACCACCCGGUCCCGUCUCCCUCAAAACUUGCCCCUUCAGAGCUCCUCAUAAAAGUUUCCCAUGCCUCCAUAAAUCCUACCACACGGCUCGUUAUGUCCGCGUGUCCAACCAUCCUACUUCCGAAGACGCCACCACGGGUCUCCGAAUUUGAGUUCUCAGGUGUCGUCAUCGCGCAUUCUGAUUAUGCAAAUGCGUCCCUCCGCGCGGAAUUCCCACUCGGCACCCCAGUCAUGGGCAUGAAUGCUCCUGUUAGCGAAAUGGUCCUCAAGAACCGUGGCACACUAGCGGAAUACGUCGUUGCGACUGCAGAGAGCCUGGUCCAGAAGCCUAGUAAUGUAUCUCUUGAGGAGGCGGCGGGAAUAACAGCCACAGGAUGUACAUCGAUGAAUCUUGUUACGAGAGCGGAGGUGAGGAAGGGGGAUAAGGUGCUGAUCAAUGGCGGUGGUUCGGGGACGGGAUUGAUGGCUGUGCAAAUUGUGAAGGAUAUUCUGGGCGAAACAGGCAUGCUUGUGGCGACCUGCUCUGCGCGGAAUGAAGAGCUGGUUAAGAGCAUGGGGGCUGAUGAGACCAUCGACUAUACCAAGCACGAUCCCCUGCACGAAUACCUCGCAGCCCGCUACUCCACUUCUCCCUUCGAUGUCAUCCUUGACACCAUCGGCAUCCAGUCGCUCUUCGAACAUAGUGCCGACUAUGUUGCCCGCCCCACCCGCGACCGCCCACAUAGAUACCUCAACAUCGGGAUUCUCUACCCACCUACAACCGUCGUCAGUCUCUUCCGUACAGCCAUUUGGUUUCUGAGGGCCAUGUAUUUCCCCAGCUUCCUAGGCGGGGGCCCCGGCGGCUAUUCUCUUGUCAGGACAGAGCCCUCCAAGAUGAGGAUGGAGAAGGUGCAGAGGAUGGUAGCGGAUGGGAAAUUGAAGGCUGUUGUGGAUUCGACUUGGGAGAUGGGCGAGGUGAUGAAGGCUUAUGGGAAGAGUAUGACGAAACACUUACAGGGGAAGGUCAUUGUAAAGGUCCAGGACAUCUAG